AUGACUGUAUCAUCGGUACGCGGCCCGGACGCGGUUGCUGAGCCUCGAUCUAGUGGAAUAAACGUUAUUGUUGUCGGAUUAGGAAUCGGAGGAUUAGCUGCAGCCAUUGAGUGCCAUCGCAAAGGUCAUUCGGUGACAAUCAUCGAAAAGGCCUCCUCACCACGAGCUCAAGGUGAUUGCAUUGGAAUUGGAACCAACGCGGCUCGUGUUGUCUCCAAAUGGGGAACAAGUGGGCAUAUUCACCGACAGCUCGAGGCCCAGGUCAGCCAUGUCCGAGCGGUCGAUAUACACGACUAUGCGGGGACUUUCAUCGUGACAAAUGCGAUGUCUGGGUUCAGAAAGGGCGAUGGGUUCUUUUUGAACCGGUGUGACUUGGCGAAUACUCUGUAUCAGCAUACGCAGGAACUGGGGAUUGAAGUCCAGUUCGGUGCGCGAGUCUCGGAAUACUUCGAGACAGACGAGAGGGCCGGCGUGGUGGUCAAUGACCAGAAGGUGUGGGCUGAUUGUGUAAUCGCUAGCGAUGGUGUGCAUAGCAAAGCUCGAGGAUUCGUGACAGGCAAGGAUCCGUCGCCCGUGAGUUCGGGAUAUGCCGCAUUCCGGGCAUACUUCGACGCCGACGAGAUUGCUUCAGAGCCUGAGGCUAACUGGUUGCUUGCCGGUGCGGGAAAAACUGACCAGGCGUUAGCAUUCGUGGGCAAGGGGUGCGAGUUCACCAUGUGCACUGUGAAGCUGGGCAAGGCUGUGAUGUGGAUCUUUACCCAUCCGGACCCCAAGGGAACUGCUCGCGAGUCCUGGACAGCUCCGGCUAAUGUACAGGAUGUGCUUGACCAGAUCAAGGACUGGCCUUGCUGGGACCGGAUUGCCCCAAUAAUCAAGCGGACACCGCCCGGAAAGGCGAUCAAUUUCCCCCUCCUCACGAGGCCUCCCCUUGAGACAUGGCUAUCUCCCGCAGGGCGAGUUCUCUUGGUAGGAGAUGCUGCCCACCCGUAUCUUCCUAUGGCUGGACAAGGCGCUAGUCAGGCCAUUGAAGAUGCGGCUGUGUUGGCAAUUUCUCUGGAGCUUGCAGGGAAAAAGAACGUGCCCCUCGGCUUACGGGCUGCGGAAAAAAUCAGGUAUCAACGAGCCACUCUGAUCCAAAACGGUGGCAAGGAGAACCACGAUUCAUGGCACCAACCAGAUUGGGACGCAAUAAAAAAGAACCCGGACCUGAUGAAGACUCCACGGCCAACGUGGAUCCUUGGGCACGAUUGCCAGUCCUCUGCGUACGAGGAGUUUCCUAUUGCUGUUGAGGCUAUAUUGUCUCAUAAGGAAUAUAUCCCCGUCAACGUUCCUGCGAAAGGAAAGCACCGCGUGAACGACUUCAAGGGCUUGGAACAGUCUCUUGGCUCACAGUGGGAGACGAAGACGAAUUCCUAA